AUGAGUGUAAAGAGUGACUCGGAACAGUCCUACCGUAUUGAGGAGCUACUCACUCACGGGGACAUCAAACCCAACAACAUCCUUAUCAAUUACACGGAACCUGCUGCUGCUGAGGAUCAAGAGAUCACCCUGAUUAAGCAAGUCCAAAUUUCCGACUUGGAGGAUACAGUCAUCGUCCCCCCGGGGAAAUGGCUUCGUGGGCCUCUCUGCCGCAACGCUAUCUGGCGCAGCGCCGAGAGCUGGGCGCGAUCUCGUCAGGAUCAAACUUCUGAUGUGUUUUCUUUUGCCCUUGUGAUGGUUUAUAUGAUGGCAAAUGAAAUGGUCCUUCGCGUCCCUGAUGAACAACUGAACGCUGAGGACUCCUGGCGUUAUGUUCUUCGUCUUCACCUAUCAUACUUUGCCGACAUAGAAGGCGUGGAGCGCUUCCUUGAGCACAUAGGGGAGCAAAACCCAUUCUUUGAACGCAUAUUAGAGCUAAUCAACACAUUCGGACCGGAGAAUCCGAGACAACCGGUCGAAGAUUGGGACUUUCUCGAACCCGAACUCAAGGAUUUGGUGGCUAGGAUGACUUAUCUGGAUCCGAGGGGGAGGAUUACGGCGAGGGAGGCGCUGGAGCAUACUUGGUUUAGGUGA